UUCAUUUACACGGUGUUCACUAGAUUAUAUUUAUAACGAAUUCUACCGAAGAAAACAUUUGAGAUAACGAAGAAAAUACGUGCCUAAAACUGAUCACUUUUCACGUAGGCACAUAAAAAUUCGCAUCCAACAACGACAUGAUUAUCAAUAAUACCUUACAUUCUAAAUAACAAUAGUCUUUUGCUUGCAGUCCCUACAUACAGUAUAACUACUCUGAUACAUCCGAAUGGGAAGAUAUCAAUCUAUUAUAAGAACAUUCCUAAGGUAACUGGCGAAACCGAAAAGCGGUCGUUUAUUUUGGGCACUGUUUGGUGCAGAGAAGAUUGUCCAAAACACAAUUCGAAUGAAGCAUGUCAAGACGCAACAACAUCGAAUACAACGUGUAUUUGGUGUGAAACAGUCAAUAUGUGCAUUACGAGCAAUGAUAAGGGUAUUCAUGAAUUCAAAGUAAAUGGUUGCAAGGUUAAAAGCUCGACUGUCAACGUUGCCAAUGAACCAACAACUCUAGCAACUACUGAAACUGAUUUGAAGCAGACUAGUGGAAGCACUGAAUCAGAUUUGAACAUGACUACAGAUACAACAACUCUAGAAACUAAUGAAACUGAUCUAAGAAAUGAAUUGAAGAAGACUAGUUUAAGUACUGAAUCACAUUUGAACAUGACUACAGAUACAACUGAAGACAUUGGGGAAACAAAAUCACUGCAAUACGUGUACAUCGUUGUACCAUUAGUUAUCUCUUUCCUUAUUGUGUGCACUGGCUGUGGUGUUUGGCUAUGGUUCUACAGAAGGAAGAGAGUUUAUCAAUAGUUCUCACAAACAGCUUCUCAAUUGAUUUCAUCAGGUUGACUUUGUUAUUUUCAUUUUGUAAUUUAUGAAAUACGCUUUCUAUUUUGUUAAUCAUUUCAAUACAUUGAAGAUUGUUUCAUGGAACUGCAUAUCACAUUGAUGAUUGUUUACGUAAUGACUGAUGUCACUUUG